AUGAGUGCCUCGGACUAACGUUUUUCUUGCAGGAAGGAAUCUGUUGGAAAACAGGAUCCGGGCGCCCGAGAGGUACCCGGGCGCCCUGAGGCGAAAUUUUAUCCCCAACGUUGCUGUGCCACGUGGAGUUCAUAGGUUAGCUCGGCUACGUCAUGGUCGAGGCGCCCUAAAGGUUCCAGGCGCCCCGAACCUCCUAUAUAAGGAGGGUCAAGGCUGAAGCUCCAACAACAACUUAGAAUCUACUCUAUUGUGCUCUUGCGACGCUGCGAAAAGUUCUCUGACAAGUGCCAGUUUGUUUUUAAUUUUUAUUCUAUUGUCGGUUCUUUCUUUUCUAAUUAAUUCUGUACUUAGUCUUGUAAUAAUCUUUCGAAUUAAUUAGUGAUUGUCCAACGAAAGCACCCUUGUGUGGGGGCCUUGGAGUAGGAGUCGAUAAAGGCUCCGAACCAAGUAAAUCAACUUUGUUAGUCGUGCUCUCUCUUUUUGUUUUUCGCUGUGUACUCAUACUUGAAUUUUUUUUUCGAUAUUCACCCCCUCUCUAUCGACUCUUCACGAUCCAACAGACUCGACCACCGGGUGCGAGCUGAUAUGCAUGUUGGAUGCAUACCAGGGAUACCAUCAGGUGCCGCUCGCCCGGGAAGAUCAGGAGAAGGUGAGCUUCAUCACGGCGGACGACACCUAUUGUUAUAAUGUAAUGUCGUUUGACUUAAAGAAUGUCGGGGUCACGUACCAACGACUCAUAAACAAAGUGUUCCGGCAGCAGAUUGGACGGAAUAUGGAGUUAUACAGCGAUGACAUACUUAUUAAAUCCCUCCGAGCUACUGACCUCUACGCAGAUAUCAAAGAAACCGGUCGAACACUCCGAGCGUACGGGAUCAAGCUGAACCCGGGCAAGUGUAUGUUCGGCGCGAAGAGCGGGAAGUUUUUGGGCUAUAUAGUUACCAAGCGGGGUAUCGAGGCGAACCCUAGCAAAGUAAAAGCACUACAAGAUAUGCCACCUCCAAGAAAUUUGAAGGAAGUUCAGCGCCUCACCGGUCGGAUAACGACCUUAUCCCGAUUCAUCUCCAAGACGGUCGAUCGGAGUCUACCUUUUUUCAAGAUCUUGCGCCGAGCCACCAAGUUCUAGUGGGACGAGGAGUGCGAUCGAACGUUUGAAGAGCUCAAAGCCUAUCUCAAUUCACUAUCAGUAUUAGCCAAGCCAGUCGUCGGAGAGCCCCUUAGGAUCUAUCUGUCUUCGACCGAGCACGCGGUUGGCUCGACCCUUUUAAGGCCGAACGACGAGGAGUAGCCAGUGUAUUUCUUGAGCCAUAUUUUAAAAGAUGCCGAAUGCUUUUGCACUGGUACUCGCCGCUAGGAGGCUUCGCCUGUAUUUCCUCGCGCACACGAUCAUGGUAAUGACCAACAACCCCCUGGGGAGAGUCCUCAAUCCAGAAGUGUCAGGGCGGCUGAUCAAGUGGACGACGGAACUCAGAGAAUUCAACAUCCAGUAUCAACCCCGAAUGACCAUUAAGGCGCAAUCCUUGGUAGACUUCGUCACUGAGGUGCAGACUCCCGAACCAGAGGCCGCUUGGAAGAUAUACGUGGACAGAUCAUCCACUCGGCAAGGAAGUGGAGUUGGGGUGCUGCUAAUCUCCCCCCAAGAAGAACAAAUGCAUUUGUCCGUUUGGCUGGAGUACCGGGCAACCAACAACGAAGCUGAGUACGAGACGCUCAUAGCCAGCCUGCAGGCCGCCCAGCACGUCGGAGCUAUCAAGGUUUUGAUCCACUCAGAUUCCCAGCUGAUUACACAACAACUUAUUGGGACAUUCGAGAUCAACAACUUGAGGCUCAGACUUUACGCCGAGGCCUUUGAGAAACUGAAGGCUGACUUCCGGAGGUGGUUAUACAGAAGAUACCCCGGGUGGAAAACCAAGCGGUGGAUGAGCUGGCAAAGCUGGCCAACUCCAUAUCGUCGGUCGUCGUCCAGCAGCCAAUCGAGCAGGUCUCCCUGGUGGCACACAUCGACCGAAUGGAGGGGUUCACCUUCCCGAGUGACGGAUGACUCAGAUCUCUCUUACUCUUGAAUGGACGGUCCAUAUUGCUUCAGAGCUUGAUCUCUUCAAUUAGCCCUAUAUUUGAGUCCAAAUUUGGUCUGAUCCCUUUGAUGCCUACAAAGAAUAUAUCCAAAUAUCAGCAUCAUACCACAAGUAUAAGAUAAUUUGUAAUUAAAUCCAUAAAUAAAUACAACUCAUAAAAUAUGAUAUAAACAUAGAAUUAACACAUGAGAAGAUCAAAUGAUAUGUUUAUAUGAAUCAAAAUAUCAUGACCAAAUGAUGGUUAUUAAGCUGCCACAUAGUUGUAGCAGCUAUGAUUCUAUAGCUGCUACAAUAUAGAAAAAAAUUUAAAGACAUUGUUUGGAGCCUUCAAAAAGGAUUUAAACAAUUUUUUUUAGCAUGAAAUUGGGCCUUACAAGUUUCACCCCUUAACCAAUUGUAGAUCUCUGAAUGAGCUUCAAUUUGAUAUUUUAUGCGUCCCUGGUUCAACCUGAGUCAAAAGUUACGACCUCUCAAAGUUUAAGGUUUAACAUUCUUGUUGUAGUAGUUACGGUUUCGUAGCUGCUACAACUAAGCUGCUACGUAGUUGUAACAACUACAGUUUCGUAGCUAUUACAAUGUGAAUAUUAAAUCCUAAGCUUUGCGAGCCCAUAAUAUUUAACUCGGGUUGAAUCAUGCAACGUAUAAUAUAUUAAAUCGAAACUCGUACAAAUAUCUACAACUAUUUAUGGGUUGAACCUAUUAUGACUAAGUUUCAAACUCAAAAAAUAUUGUUUAAAUCCUUGUGGGAGACUCUGAAUAAAUUAGUUAAUUUUUUUUUCAUGUUGUAGCAGUUACAAAACCGUAACUGCUACAACUGUGUAACAGCUAUUGGUUCGUAUCUCCUAUAAUAUGCCGAUUAGGCAGAAAAAUAGGGGAGAGAUAAUAAUGUGAAUAAGCUGCUACUCUUAGUGAAGAGUAGUUGGAUAAUUGUUCAUGGGGUGGGAUGAAGGAAGAUUAACCAAGGAACAGAGUAUAUUUAGAGGAGGAAGAAGAUUAAGAGGAAGCCAAGCCUUUUUGGUUUUACUAGCAUAUGUAAAACAAUACAUGUUCUUCCCCUUUUAUACACUUUUGAGUUGCUCGUAACACACAUCAUCAUUAAAGAAGACAUCAAAGACAACAUUAAUUUGUGACUCUUUGAAAACCAAAAUUAUUGUAGGAAAUGAAGAGUUUUGUUGGGAAGUUUUAUUGUCACUUAAUCUUCAACGUGCAAGGAAGAUGAAGAUGAAGAGGUUUUUCUUGGGAAGUUAACUUUGGUUUAAUUAAUCCAUCAUAGGACGUCCUUUUGAUAAAAAAUCAAAACGGAGCAUCAGCUUAAUGAUUAAGAAAAAAGGGGCAUCGUUUUGACUUUUGCUCUUCUAUCAAUCUAUGUGGUACAAUAGUCUAAAUGCUACUUUUAGCUCUAAUCUGUGCAAUAGACCGCAUUUUCAGGGUUUGAAUUAUCACUGCAGUUGCCAUGUUUGUUAUAUUAUGUAUUAACAUUGUUAACUGAUUCGCUGGUGCUUUACUUUGUGAAAUGGAAGAGCGACGAAAACAGGAUUGUGCCAGAUGGUGUUGACUCCAAGUUUUGCAGGUUCAUUCGGACAGAUGUUUUGUUCAAUUUACUACUUGGAACAUUCGUAUAAACAUGACUUUUCCCCGAUGGAAGGCAAAUUUAUCAGAAAAAGGACCGUCUCUAAACGAAGGAACAAAAAGAAGCAUGUCGAGAUUCAUUUUGAGUGUCCCCCCAGUUGUGGCGGCGGCACUGAUGAUCACAAGCUAUCGUUUCUACGUGUUCCAACUUUUCUAUUAAUUCCCAUUAUUGAUGCAAUAUUUCAGCCCCUAGAAUUGACUUUUGGCAAAUUCCUUCUGAAGAUGCACUUCAUUUAUCAAAAGAAGAACGCAUCUAUCUCUAGCAAUUUUGUUAUUGCACGUCUGUUGGCCAGUCUUCUUGUUAUUGUUCUCUCACUCUUAGCGUGGCUCAUGAUGACUUUUCUGGCAUUGUCCAAAUCAUCACCACCAUUGUUUGUACGGAUAAUUUACUUUAGAGAGGUUCAUUGAGUUCCCUCCUUUGAGGAACGCA